CAGGAGCAGGUGAGUUCACUGUGGAGGAGAGGAACGGCCUGAAAAGUGUUUGAACCAUGUCUGUGGAGCAGACCGCGGAGCACCCCGCCUUCCUCAAGCUGCUGUCCGCGCUGUUUUACGCCGGCAGUUCGUUUCUCAUCACCGUGGUGAACAAAACCGUGCUCACGAGCUUCAGAUUUCCCUCCUACCUGUGUCUGGGGGUUGGACAGAUGUUCACCACCAUUGUUGUCCUUUAUUUGGCCAAAAUGAGCCGACUGGUGCACUUUCCAGACUUUGACAGAAGCAUUCUGCUAAAGAUUUUCCCUCUUCCUUUGCUGUAUGUUGGGAACCAUGUAACCGGACUGGCGAGCACCAAAAAACUCAGUUUACCCAUGUUUACAGUCCUACGGAAGUUCACCAUACUGAUGACGAUGAUGUUGGAAGCGUACAUACUCAGAAAAACCUUCCCGAAGCAUAUUGUUUACUGUGUGGUGGCUAUAGUUUUUGGUGCUGUGGUGGCUGCAAGUUCUGACCUGGCCUUCGAUGUGGAGGGCUACACCUUCAUUCUGCUAAACGACGCCUUCACCGCAGCCAGUGGUGUUUACACCAAGAAGAAGCUGGGCGAUCAGGAACUUGGGAAAUACGGCGUCUUAUUUUACAACUCCUUCAUCAUCGUCUUCCCCACUCUCUUGGCGAGUGCAGCUACUGGAGAUUUACACAAGGCGGCCAUGUUUAAUGGCUGGACCAAAGGCACAUUUCUCUUCUGUUUCCUCAUGUCCUGCUUCAUGGGGUUUGUUUUGAUGUACUCCAUUAUUCUGUGCAGCUAUUAUAACUCAGCGCUCACCACCACAGUAGUCGGGGCCAUAAAGAAUGUUGCUGUAGCUUAUGUUGGCAUCUUCGUGGGUGGAGAUUAUAUUUUCUCUUGGAAAAACUUCCUUGGCCUCAGCAUUUGUAUGUCCGGUGGACUGGUUUAUUCAUAUCUCACCUUUAGCAACAAAACACCUGCAAGUAAUGCAGGACUGCAAGAGGUGAAAGUUCACAUUACUGAAGAGUCCAGGAAAGACUGAGCCACCACCAGGUGGCGCCAUUCUGCUUCAUAUUGAAGCAUUGUGUUCAGUUUGUCUUUAUGCAUUAAAAAAAGCAUAAAUAAAUGUAUUCUCUGUGAAUUCAUGUGAUGCUACUUGAUUCCAAACCUGUG